AUGAAUAAUGAAUACAGUAAUUUUCAAGAAGAUGAAGAAAGUGAAGAAGAAGAGAAAAAAUUGUUGGUAUUCACUGAAAAUCAACAUUCAACUAUUCUAUUCCUACAGGAAAGAACCUUGAUUGGAAAAACAAGUAAAGUAAAUUCUACGAGUUCCACUGCACCACAUCACAUCACAUCAAUCAACUCCCAAUUACAAGGACAAAAGACAGACAAACAAACAAAGAGAAAAAGAGAAAUUAAUAGUAAAGAUAAGAUAUCAAAAGAACAAGAAGAAGCGUUAGUGAGUGAUCCACAACACGUAUAA